UUUUAAGACUUAUGUAAUGAUUGUAGCGAUAUGAUCAAUAGUUUAUCAUUUGAAUGUCCAUAAUUGCCUUUAUUCAUACAUAUUCAGACUAAAAGUGAAUCUUUCUAAAUUUUAACAAGUCAUGUAACUUGGCUAAAGACUUUUUACUAGCUAACUAGCUUAAGUUGAUAGUAUUUUUAAAAGCUGUUAAAAACCAUGGCAUCAGAUGAUACACCUUGCUUCAAGUUCAUGGAUUGGGAACUUGAUAAUUCGACAUCUAAUAUAUCAAAACAGGAAAAACAACUUUCUGCCUCACGAAGAAGGUAUUACACCUUCUGCAGAAGGAAGUCAUUUGCUGCCUUUGUGGCAUCCAAGAGGGAGGCCACCCAGGAGGAAGGAAAACCAUGUUGGUGCUGUUGUGUCCAGACCUUCAAGGAGCACUCUGCCAUUCACAAGCACGUGGCCAGGACUCAUGAUUCUGAAAUAAAGCAGCUCACACAGGCCGCAUAUGAGCAUAUGUUAAAGCAACUGGAAGAAGAACCUGAAACCCAGCAGCCGAGUGAGCGAGAUGUGAAGCCAAUGGACAUUUCUACAUGGAUACCAGAUAUCAGUCACAUCUCUGAAGAGCAACUUCAAAAGGGUUUAGGCAGAGUUCUCCUGUAUUAUUGCUACUGUCAACUGGAGAAUCCACAUGUCAUCUGUGCUUGGCAAAAAGCUUUGUGUGAGAAGCUCCGCUUAACUGGCAAGGUGAGGGUGGCAACAGAAGGCAUCAACGGAACAGUUGGCGGCACUAACGUGGCUACUGAUAUUUAUAUUGAUGCAAUGCUUUCGCAUCCUCUCUUCAAGAUGAAUAAAGAAGAUUUUAAGAUAAGUGAUGGUGGUGCAGAGUGUUUCACAGACCUGAGGGUCAGGGUCUAUAAGGAAAUUGUCCCAAUGGGAGUGGAUCCUGAUGUCAUCUCCUACAGACACGCAGGGGUCCAUCUGGAGCCUGAAAGGUUUCACGAAGAAGUGGAGGCUCUUUUGGCUAAAGGAAACUUGUGCAAUGACACCAUCCUCCUGGACUGCCGGAACUUUUACGAGAGUAAAAUUGGGCAGUUUACUCACUGUCUGGCCCCAGACAUCCGUAAGUUCAGCUACUUUCCAGAUUACGUGGACCAGAACCUGGAUCUCUUUAGAGACAAGAAGGUCCUGAUGUACUGCACAGGAGGGAUCCGCUGUGAGCGUGGCUCUGCCUACCUCUGCUCCAAAGACGUGUGUAAAGAGGUUUACCAGCUGAAAGGCGGAAUUCACAAGUACCUGGAGCGUUUCCCGGACGGAUUCUACCGAGGGAAGCUUUUUGUCUUUGAUGAGCGCUACUCCAUUUCAUCUAACAGUGAUGUCAUCUCAGACUGCAGGUACUGUGGCUGUCCCUGGGACCAUUAUCAGCUCUGUUCCACCCAGUUCUGCUGCCAGCUGGUUCUGUCUUGUCCCAGGUGCAGACAGGAAGGACACACUGCCUGCUGCCCCACCUGCCAGACCAAAGGUCAGCCUCAGAGGGAGGGUUCCUCCGUCGCUCCACAGCACAAAGAGGAGUGCGAGUGCACUGAUAGACGUCCCAGAAUCCCUCAGGAUGUGUAAUAAUAGGCAUGUUACAGGUGGACAUCAGGGCUUGCAGUCACAUGAAAAAUGCAGCAUGUCCAGGAUAUUAAUCAGAAUGUACAAGUAGAAAUGGUGGAUGGUGCCCAGGAUAGAUUGAAGUUGGUAUGUUGUCAGAUGACUGUUGUGAAUUAAAUCAGAUUUCCUGUAUCUAAAGACAGUCAUGAAUCUGGUAUAAGAUGAUAAAAUGAUUUAUCUUUUACUGAGAAAGAUGUAAAAAUAGAUCUGCAGAAUCCAGCAAAUUUUAUUACACCUUUUAUGAAAUUUGGAAUGUCUCAUCAGUAAUGAAAUCUCAGUCCCAGGAGAUAUGAACUUUUUAUUUUGUUUAUAUAAAAAUGGAAAUUUAUCUAGAUGAUAAUGGUUUUACAGACAAAUAUAAACAUAAUAUGUGAUAUGCUGUAUAAAGACGAUUGUAGAUACAGCUAUAUAAAAACAUGGAGAAGUUACAGCAGCACUGCUAAUAACAUUUGAAUAAAAGAAGAACUGUUUUAUGUUUUACUGUUGCUGUUGAUAAAGUGCUAUUUAGUGCACAGGGAGCAGGCUACAGCUGUGUAUAGAGAUGGAAAAAUGAACCAUUUAAAAUUAAGAAAGGAUUUGAAGGAGAAAUUUAACAAAUUAAAUGUUAAAAUAUGGUAAAAUUAAAUUGUUAUAUUGCAAAAACAAAUUUCCACAGUAAAUACAGUGCAAUUUAGAGAGAAAAAAAACACCCCAUUGCAAAUGACAUACAUUUGCAAAGGUUUGGGCACUUAAUGUUUGAAUGAGAACUGGAUUAUGAAACAGACUGAGCAGAGAGGACAUAUGAAUCAAACUGAGCUUGAAAAUUCAUUCCUUGAUCUAGACUGUGUAGAUUUAUGACUGGAUUAAAUAAAACCCAUAAACUCACACUUGAUAUUAAGGUUGUGUCUCAGUGUCUGGGCUCUUUGGGGCAGUGUUCACUUAGUGGUACAUGCUGUUCACUCUGUGUUCAAAAGCAGAGACAUCCUAUCACUUAAUAUGAAAUACUUGCCUGUUUUCAAGACCUUUUCCAGCUUUGGAGGCGCCCGGUUUUGUGUUUGGUGCGUUUUGGAGGCGCCUGGUUAGUUUGAGAUGAGGUCUAAGCAUAUUCAGACAGCUCUAUCUAGUCAGUCUUUAGAGCACAUUGGAGGAUACAGCUCUGUUUGCUGCAUCUCUGGUGCCAUUUAUCACAUGCUAUUUUUGGGAAUUUUCUA